AUGGUGACGCUUUUCUGCGCGGUUGUCGGUGAGAACGGAAAUGCAUUCCCUGUGGAUAUCGACACUAGAAAGUCGGUGGGUGACUUGAAAAAAGCCAUUAAAGAAGAGCAGAUGUUUGAUUUUGCUGCCAGCAAAUUAGAGCUAUAUCUUGCGAAAAAGGGCGAAUCGUGGCUGACUGAAAAGCAGGUGGCCGAAGGAAUCUAUGACACGAGCGAUUUCAAGCCAUUGAAGGUUGUGGCAGCCUCGCUCCAUUUGGUCGGUUUGUCGGAGAAAGAUGUUGCGUUUAAAGUUACGAUGGAAGAUGUCAAGACGAUGAGCUUUCCUGUUAAUGUCGUAGUGGUUGUUCCGAUCGGAAUGAAAAAUACACUGGCUGCAAAUCGAAGAGCCGCAUUAUCAAUAGCAAUCUCAGCAGCUGAACCGACGGAAAUCUUCGUCACAAUUGAAGAAAUCCGAGAUUCAGAGAAAGAUUAG